AAAAAAAAAAGUCAAAUAAAAUAGAAUUGAAAAAGAACAAUCCAAAACGGAAACAAAAACAAGGGGAACGCAAACGCAACGUAAAAUUCAGGAUUGUCAAAAUUCAGAUGGUUCACAGUCAUCACCACAAUUAACACCGCCCACCAUUACGUAGUACUGUUGAGUUGACUGUUAGUGGAUAUAAUUGUACUCUAAGGAACAGUACCAGCAAUUGACUUACAAUAUCAAACUAUACAUACAUACUAUACUAUACUAUAUUCAUAUAAUUAUACACACUAUCCUCAUACUAUACUCAUAUAUUUAUACACACUAUACUGUACUAUACAUAUAAAAGACUAUGUUUCUAAGAAAAAAACCUCCGCAGUUAUCAUUACUAGAAGAAUUGCAACAGACAUACAAUGACUGUUGUGAAACGUCUAUUAAGAAUCUCUAUUUAGAAGAAGAUAGAAAUGACAUUGAACUGGCUUUAAAAGGUUGGAAAUCUCUUCAUACAUCUUUACUAUAUAAACUAGAAUUAUUUGAUAAGAAGAAAGUAACAGCCCCUGAAGAAUGGGAACUCCUUCAAGAUUUAAAGAAUAUAAGAGAUCAAAAUGUUAAACAUCUUAUUCGAGUUCAAUUGAGAAUGGAUGAAAUUAAUCGAAAGAAGAAAAUAGAUCCAUCUCGUGAAGCUGCUAUACUUUCUGUGGCCAAUAGUGCCAAUACAAGAACAUCCAUUCCUUCACUUCGAACUACUCAAUCGAAUCAAUCAUCUAAUUCUCGCUCAAUGUUGAAAUCUUUACGUCCCCAAAAUAGUUCGUCAUUAUCUUCUGCAUCUAUAAAUACGCUGUCUAAUUCCAGCAUUAAUGGUCAUAAUACUGUCACUAAUAGUAAUAAUAAUAGCAUUAAUUCUUAUCAUCAUGCAUCCUCAAAAGUUGCAGCAAACUUAACUUAUCAACCAAAGAGACCUCAAAUCCAAGUUCAACAUCCGUCCCUGUAUCAACUGUCUACUUAUACAAAUACCAACAUUAAUUCAAAACCAUUAUCUCGAUCUGAAGAUGAUCUAUUUGAAGAUUUCGAUGAAGAAGAAGGUUUUGAUUUUGUAUCUAAUGAUUAUCAUGGAAAUACUACUAGUAAUUGGGAAAAGUUGAAUGGUUCAAGAUCAUCAUCUGGAAUUUCAGAGAUAUCUUCCAAUGAGAAGAAUUCGAAUAAUUUAAUCGAUCUUGAUGAUGAUGAUAUAUACAGUCAUAGUAAUAACCAUAAUUAUAAUCAUAAUAAUCACAAUCAUAACCAUAAUCAUAAUGGUAAUGGAGGUUAUUCUCGAGAUUUUGAUAAAUCAUUUGAAGAUUUACUAACUAUUAAGAAAGUAGCUCCACCGGUUCCGCCUAAACGUCAUGGUAGAACUUCCCAUAGCAUCUCAGGUCCACCAUCUUCAGAAAAGCAAAAGAGUAAUUCUUUUGAUCAAACAUCUAAUAAUUCCAAUGACAAUUUAGUUACCAGUAUGGGCUCUUCACAUGCCAAAAGUACUGGAGAUAUAACAAUAAAGCCAGUAUCUGAAAGUCCACCAAAGGAAAUAAAAGUUCAAGAAGUUCCUAAGAAAAAGCCCUAUGUGUACACCAAGCCUAAACCCAUUAAUGUAAAUCAAAUCAUGAAGAAGACAUCACAAUCUCGAUUGAAACAACAACAGUUGCAACAGCAAGCACUGCAACAACAGCAGCAACAACAACAGCACGCAAAGCCUAAAUCCAAUAUUACUUAUCAGUAUGUAAAGAAGCAAGUUCCAGCAGCCAAGAAGAUAUCACCUCCUCCACAGAGUCAUUCUGCUCCACCACAAGCUAAGAAAGAAGUGAUUCCUCCAACAAGUCCUACAAUGGAUGACUUACUUAGCGGAUAUGAAGAAGGUGAAGGUGAAGAAGAUUAUGGCAAUGAAGAUGUACCAUCUUACCUUAAGAAUGAAGUUGAACAAGAAAAAUUGAUAGCAUCCAUAAGAGGAAUAGAUGCAAAUUUGGCUAAGCAAAUAUUGAAUGAUAUUGUCAUCCAAGGUGAUGAAGUCUAUUGGGAUGAUAUAGUUGGCUUAGAGGCCGCCAAGAACUCAUUGAAAGAAGCAGUGGUGUAUCCCUUCUUAAGACCCGACUUAUUUCAAGGCUUGAGAGAACCAGUUCGAGGAAUGUUAUUAUUCGGACCUCCAGGGACAGGUAAAACCAUGUUGGCGAGAGCUGUGGCAACAGAAUCGAAAUCGACUUUUUUCCAAAUGAAUUCGAGUUCUUUAACAUCCAAGUAUUUGGGUGAAAGUGAAAAGUUGGUUAAGGCACUUUUCCUUCUUGCUAAGAAAUUAUCUCCUUCUAUUAUCUUUAUGGAUGAAAUUGAUUCAUUAUUAGGGUCUAGAACUGAAGGAGAAUUAGAAAGUAUUCGAAGAAUCAAAAAUGAAUUUUUAAUUUCAUGGUCAGAGUUAUCUUCAGCCACUGCUAAUUCUAAUUCAAAAGAAGAUAAUCGAGUUUUAAUUUUAGGAGCUACAAAUUUACCAUGGUCAAUUGAUGAAGCUGCUAGACGGAGAUUUGUAAGAAGACAAUAUAUUCCAUUACCUGAAGGAGAAACAAGAAUUAGUCAAAUUAAACGAUUAUUAAAGUAUCAAAAUAAUACAUUAAGUGAUGAAGAUUAUAAUGAUUUAAUUAAAUUAACAGAAGGAUUUAGUGGUAGUGAUAUUACUGCUUUAGCUAAAGAUAGUGCCAUGGGACCAUUACGUGAAUUAGGAGAGAAAUUAUUACUUACCCCUACCGAACAAAUUCGUCCCAUUAAUAGGAAAGAUUUUGAAAACAGUUUGAAAUAUAUAAGGCCUAGUGUUUCUAAAGAAGGUUUAAAGGAAUACGAAGAUUGGUCUGAGAAAUUCGGUUCUUCCGGAAUAUAAGAAAUGCAUAUAGUUCUAAAUACAUAUACAUAUUUAGAAUGUACACAAUUCAUUUUAAUAAUAAUAAUAAUAAUAAUGACUAAUUAAUUGAUUAAUAAAUAACUCUAUAAACUAAAGAUAAACUAUACUUUUGAAGCCUUUU